UUGGACGAGGGUCAAUACAAGCGACAUGACAAGAUCAUCUGCUCUAACACAAGCAGUUUCACGGGCGGAGUGCACCCCUGAACAAAAACAUCAGCGAGUUAUUGAUUGGUUAAACGAGGUCCACAAAGUUCUCUACAAAAACCUUGAUCUUUCAAAGCACUCCAUUAAGCUGCAUGUUAGAGAGGAAACAGAGAAAGAUAAGAUUUUUCCAAAACAGGCACAUGCCCCAGUUCACCGGCUGUACACUCAGGCUGAUCACGAGAACAUUAGAAACAACAACUGUAACAGGGCGGCGACACGAGAAAAGCCCAAAUUAAAAGAGCAAAACAAGUCUAGCGGAAAUCAGCUGCCAUCCAUACCAAAACGGCACUUUUCAUCCUCUAACAGCAGCCAACCAACAACAUUCCAGCGCAAGAGUUCAGGUCAAGUUACUACAAGGCCACCGAUAACAAGUAGAGUUAUAAGAACGACCAAGCAACAACAGCCAGUCAGCAAACCAGUCCUCAUGUCCACCACUCCCAGAAAACCUACCACAACCUUCACAAGGACCGGAAGAUUACGGUCCUCGGCCCCCAUAACCGCAGGAUGACUGGGAGAUGACGGGACUGGUAGCCAGGGAAAUGUACAUUUUUAAGUUUGUUCAUUUUAAAAUUUAAUAAGAAAAAGAAAUGAACGAAAGAAAGAUUCGACAUGGAGUAAACUGUGCACUGGAUGUGUCUCCGAAUUGUCAGAAAUAAUCCACAGAUGUCAGGGCCAACUUAAAACGAGGCGUUGAUUUGUGAUUGUUUGUAGCAAAACUGAUAAAUGAAUGCUGUAGAACCAUUUGUGAAUUACAUUGUGCCUAAUUGCAGUAAACUCAACUCCGCUUUUAAUUAGAUUUUAUAUACUAAAUUAAGAUUUUCUCAACAAUUGCAGUAGACGCUGAUAAUUGUCAAGAAAACUGAUGUGAUUUUUUCAAUUCUUUACUAAAUAUUAAAAGACAAUUUUAAA